AUGAAUAACGUCAAGAAGAAACCCUGUAUAAACACCGCCACAGCGGUUUCUGAAGGCGGUUUACCGUCAUUGGAGGGCUUGCCACUCCCAGACGCCAUUAUUUUCAGCGAAAUUUUUAGUAAACUAGAAUUGGAAUCACUUUGUUCCUUGGCUUGCGUUUCCCGGGGACUCCGUUCAAUUGUUUCUCAAGCUCUUUCAACUCUCCCUUCUCUUGAUCUCUCUGCAAUUUCACUGAAUGGCGAGAUUCUGGAUCGGAUUAUCCCGAAAUUUAGAGGGGUGAAGAGUGUAACUAUUGAUUGUCUCCGGUUGGAUGAUUCCUCCGUAAUCCGCAUUCUUGGGCCGCAUAUCCAAGAAUUGAAUUUGCUCAAGUGUGCCUCACUCUCUUAUAACAUUCUUUCUUCUAUUGGUAAAAGAUGCCCCAAUUUAAGGAUUCUUGUCCUAGAGUUGGAAGGAGAGACAUCGCCUGAAAUUUUCCAGAAGAACCUUAUAGAAAUGCUGAAAGGCAUUCUCUGUUUGGAGUCUCUAUCCAUAAAAGUCCGUGGAACAGAACUUGCUGCAUAUGAUUUAACUUGCAUUGAUCUCUUCCUACCCCAAACUCUCAAACUUCUGGAAUUGCAACCUGUGAAUGAGCAAGACGCUAUUCUGUUUAUAAAAGUACUUGGAGAUGGAAAAAAUAAUCCAGGACACUUGGUCAAUUUUGCCAUGCCCUCAAAUUUAGGACGCACUUGUUUUACACUGCUGCGUUUGUCACUUGUCCUGAAUGUUAUGUCCGAUGAACUUAUCAUCUCAAUUGCCACUUCCCUUCCAUUUUUAGUUGAGCUGGAUCUUGAAGACAGACCAAGCACUGAACCAAAACUGCCUCGUGACUUAACUAACACUGGGUUGCAAUCUCUAGGCUUGAUUCAGCAUCUCACCUCUCUGUCAAUUGCGCGGAGUAGACUGAAUUAUCCAGCGUCUUUUAAAAGAGUAAACGAUUUGGGGUUAAUGCUUCUUUCUGAGAGUUGCAGAGGCCUAGAGUCUGUGAAACUUGGUGGGUUUUCUACAGUUACUGAUGCAGGGUUUUCGUCCAUUUUAUGCUCUUGCUAUAAUUUGAAGAAAUUUGAGGUUCGCAAUGCACCUCUUAUGUCAGACUUGGCUUUUCACGACAUCAUUGGGGCCGUCUCUCCUCUUACUGAUCUGAGAAUCUUGUCAUGCAAUCUCAUAACUAGCGAAGCUGUGGCUGAACUUGCUGCAUCUACGACGUUAGAGGUGCUUGCUACUUAUGGUUGCAGAAGCAUAGCCAACCCCUGUCUUGGCUACAUAUCAUGCCUGGGUACACUAACCACCCUUAAUCUAGGAGGAGCUGACAUCACAGACAAUGGUCUUGCUGUUUUGGGUAAAGGGGACUUACCGAUUGAACGUUUGACUCUUAGAGGAUGUGUGAGAGUCACUGACAGAGGAAUAUUCUCCUUGCUCAAUGGUGGGGAGAAAAUCAAGAAGACAUUAUCGUCUCUAGAUAUCGGUCAUAUGCCAGGAAUAUCAGAUAGAGAAUUAAUUUGCUUCAACGACUCGAUCUUUGUCAUUGCACGAGUUUCUCGAUUGGACUUCUGGAACUAUUGCAGGACAGUUCAUUCCGUGGCUUACGAUGGCUUGGAGUUGGCAGCACUUCUUUGGUUACUACAAGGGAUAAUUGCAGAGUCAUCUGCACAAAGAGACCAUGGCUGA